CUCGGCUUCAAGGUGUUCAAGGAUUUGAUACGUGCCAAGCUCCUCCGCAGCAGAUAUCGCUCGCUUCUUCGUGGUCUCGCAGAAAGAUCUAUUCCCCUCUCGCGGGUGGCAGGCGGCCAUCUCUCACUUCGCCGAUCAGCACGUUCCGUACAUGCAUACGUAUAGCGACGCAGGCCGCUUGGGUGCAACCUACGAUCAGCUCGCUCAGCGGGCCGCCGGCGACUUCCAAGCAGUUGCUUUAAAAGCCUCCGGCGCCUGCAACUCGUACAGUAACAUCCUCGAAACGCUGAACAUCAUGCUCGCGCAGCUCGAAGACGUAGUAAAAGUUGGGAGGAGAAACGCUUUACAACCAUAUUCAAGCGAGGUUGGCUUUGCCUCGUGGAGACCGUCGUCAAUGUGGUCGCUAGACCAUCGGGCCUACCCACAGACCCGUCACGCUUUUGCCACACAUCGCCCAAAGAGCAGAGCUUAGCUCUGUACAAGCUGCAGGGUGUGCUGGAGCAAGCCUCCGGGGUCACCACCGCUGUGGUAAGUGUGUACGACAAUCGAUACCAUACCGUAACGGCACUCGCUGGCAGCUCAAACCUGAGGUGCAGGACAGGGACGCAGCGUGGCCGAAGUACAGCAUUAUCUUUCGGUGGGAGCAGCGACCGCUUCAUACAACUGUGCCUAUGUGGUAGGACCGACAACGCGGCUCUCCUGAGAUGUAUGGGAGGCUUGAGCAGGCGGUUGGGAUGAUGGAGGUGACAAGCCCUGCAGUGAUCUGUGACGUUGACUCUCGACGCUUUUGCCUAAUUUCGCACUGCUGCGCUUGGUACUCUCUGGGGUCAAG